AUGGAAAAAAAAUUGCAAAGUGAUGAAGCAAAGUUUGAAAUAAUAACUUUGUCCUCAAAAAUAUGCAUACUGUGGUCGCAUGGUGCAGAACGGCAUUACUUGUUCGCGGGCUGGCAUCAUAGACAAACUAAGAGUGCACCAAUAUACUCUUUGGAGUGCACUGUGAUUGGCAUGAAGACAAAAGAUGAGUGCAAUGCGUUACGUCUCCCAAGUGGUGUACGCAACGAGCGAGUACAACAAGAACCUUACGAUCAUGCUGAAGAGGAAUCAUAUCUGUUCACGGUGAGUUGU